AUGGAAGGGGCUGAUAAUCAAGAGUAUGAAGCAGAGAGUAUCACACCAAGCAGAGCUCAACCCCGGGCAAGGACUGAACAAGCACCCAGUCAUAGACACCACUCCGUGUCAGGUACGCCCAAUCCCAUCCGAGCAGUAGUUAAGCCUGAUAAUUCUCCCUUCUGCGAUGAAAUACUCUCUGAAAGAAUGGAAAAUAUAAAAAUGCCCACCUGCAAAUACUCCGGAAAGACAGACCCAACUAAUCACCUCUCUGCCUUUGGGGGACACAUGAUGCUAUAUACCAACACAGACUCUAUGUGGUGUAAGGUCUUUCCUUCCACUCUAGAGGGGAUGGCACAGAGCUGGUUUGGUAAAAUACCCAAAGGCACCAUAACAUCUUUCCGGCAGCUAGCUAUCUUGUUUCGCACCCAAUACGUGGCAAACAUUGCCAGAGAAAGGAUGACAGGGGAGCUGAUGUCAGUCAUCCAGGGGCCUCAGGAAUCUCUGAGGGAAUACAUAUCCAGAUUCAAUAUGGAGGCGUCGAAUAUACCCAAGUUGCAGCAAGAGGUAGCAGUCCUGGCCAUGAUGACUGGUCUGCGGGAUGGAGAGUUCAAGAGUUAUCUGGGCAGAAAAUCAUUCACAACCCUGGCAGAGGUACUGGGAAAGGCAAAUGAAUUUAUAAAGAGUGAAGAAAUUGGCAGAGCAACCUCACGUCGAUAUGUGGCAAGUGAGAACAAUUACGGUAGUCAGAGCAAGAAAGAGCCAUACAAAAAAGAAUACCCAGACAGAAGAGAAAACCCACAGCCAAGAAGAGACUGGCAGGGACUAGGCAGAGGCAAAGGUAACGAAUUCAAAACUGAAAAAAGGGGGAAGUUUAGUGAGUAUACCCCCUUAGUGGCAUCCAGAACUCAAAUUUUUGCCAUCAGCAAAGAAGACGAGAAGUGGCAGAGACCUCACAAAAUGUACAACAAGUACAGGGACCCAAAAAAGUACUGUGACUUUCACAGAGAUCAUGGCCACCUCACAGAAUAA